UACUCGAAUACUCCAAAUUUAGAGCCUUACGCCCUGUUGGGAUGUGGAGAAUCCACAGAAGUGCGCUAUGUUAAGUUUGAUAAGCAACAAUUCGCACUAAAGAUAUGUAAAGAAGAGGAGGCAUUUAAUCAAGAAUGCUCUGAUAACGUCCUGGUUCAUAAUGACCGAAUUUUAAUAUCAGAUUUUAACGCAUCAACAACAAAUAAUGAUACAUCAACUUUGAUUGUAAAAGGUCGACUGGCUUAUACCGCUCCAGAAUGCUAUCUCUAUCCUGACCGAAAGAUUAUUAAAGAUAAGUGUGACAUUUAUAGCCUAGGUAUGAUAUUAUGGGAGCUUACAAGUAAAACUCCUCCGUUCUCAGGUUUACCAUUGCUUGAUAUACCGUUAACACUUAUAAAAGAGGGAGGAGAGAAAGAUAUAAAUGGAACUCCAGUAUAUUAUGCGAAAAUCUACAGAAACUGUUGGCAGUCUGAACCCGAAAAACGUCCGACAUUAAAUGAAAUUUUGAUUAAACUUAAAAAUUUAUGGUCAAUUCAAUUAAUCGUACUCCGAUAA